AUGGGAGUCUCCUUCCGUCCUGAAGUCCUGGACCAGCUUCUGCUAUGUAUUGUAGUAUUCUACGGCCCGAAGCCUUAUCGUCCCGGUAUCAAAUAUCGCUUCCACGUCGAAUCCGUGGGUCUCUACAGGAAGACGCCGGAUUUCCCAGAAAUUCCACGUCGAGAGAUUCCUUGCCCGGCCACCGCGCGAAUAGCUAGGAGGGAGUCGUUAGGUUUUGCUGACCUUCUGGUAACUGAGAAAGAUACCGGUGCACAAUGGCUGGAAGGGACAGAGGUUGAGGCGCCUAUGGUCGUCGCAUCGAAGGUUUAUGUUCGAAAUGCCAAGCAGCUCCUGAGGGAGGUCGUGACGGGCCGUGUGGAUGAGGCGCUCGUCCUUCGUGAAGUGAAGAAUUUUGCAGCUCUAACACUUCUUCGUUGUCCAGUACAGCUGCACUCUAAUUCCAUCGGCGGGGAGAAAUUUGCCAUUCUACAGCUCACAAACGAACACCCCAUUUCUCCCAACGCUCUGCUUUGCGAGCAGGACCGUGCAUCGUCCCCUGGCACCCGUUUGAAGCCUAUCAAGAUCGAGGUCCUGUACCAGGCCGAAGAUUCAGAUGAAGAACAGGAGGCUACACCUGAGCGCCCGAAAGACGAGAUCCUGAAAGAUCUAGAAGACUGGUAUACCGUCCAUCAGGACGCCGUGGACCUGUUUAUAUCCCAAGCGGUACGCGCCGGCAUAAAUCCCCACUUCGCUAGAGACAAGCUUGUGGGGAUAGAUCUCAAAUACGUUCCCGUCGAAGCAGACGGACGGCGUCCCCCAAUUGAACAACGGUUCCUCGUUAGGAUAGCCUACCUAGCGCACGACGUCCCACCUGAAGUGUGGAUGGAUCGCCAUCGCGCGUGCAGGGUCAUGCAGGACGCAGGCCGGAACGACUUGCAGGAAUUCCCCUGCAAGACGAGGCUCAUGAACCCGGAGGAGGUGCUCAUCUGGAUGGUAUCAGGCCGACUGACUCCAGAAGAUGUUCGGCUCAGCUACGUUCAAGCAGUCAAUAUAGCAAUGCACCAAAUCAUGCCCGAUGGCAGCGAUAUGGGAGUGCUGCUGCGGGAGGACGAUAAAUAUCUCGCAUUAUGGUUUCGACUAGACUCGCAACCCAAGAUGGUUGAGUGUAUCGUUUUGCCCAUGUCAUUGAUGAAUCCCUCCGGCAAUGAGUUGGCGCUGCAAGUCCGGUUGGCGGAUGCCGGGGACGAGGAGCAAGCCCUGUUGAUAUAA